GUCCUGGAGUAGACUGCGCCUUACCCGCGCACAGACUGAACAAGAGGAUUAUUAAUAUUAGAGUCUCGGUGCUGAAAUGGACAGCUCCCGUGAUUACGAGAUGAACAGGUCAGAAGCGGUCGGUAAAACGGGACAUUUAUUUAAUGGGCCGUACUCUGAGCUAUGGACAAUAAUUCUCAGUUUUCUUAUUGCUUUGCUGGUCGUCGCCACGGUGCUGGGAAACGCUCUGGUCAUGCUAGCAUUUGUAGUGGACACAAGUCUUCGGACCCAGAAUAACUUUUUCCUGCUAAAUCUCGCAAUUUCUGAUUUUUUGGUCGGAGCACUUUGCAUGCCUCUCUACAUCCCCUAUGUGCUGACUGGAAAAUGGACCUUUGGCAAGACCCUCUGUAAACUAUGGCUGGUCAUGGAUUACCUGCUCUGCACCUCUUCAGUGUUCAACAUUGUGCUGAUCAGCUAUGACCGAUUCCUCUCAGUCACCCAGGCAGUUGCAUACAGAGCACAACAAAGAAAGACGUUACAUGCUGUUUCCAAGAUGGUUCUGGUUUGGGUCCUGGCUUUCCUAUUAUAUGGACCCGCUAUCAUAGCAUGGGAGCACAUUGCCGGCCACAGCAUUGUUGAAAAGGAGGAGUGCUAUGCUGAAUUCUACUACAACUGGUACUUUCUGAUUACAGCGUCCACUGUGGAGUUCUUCACACCCUUCAUCAGCGUGACCUUCUUCAAUGUGAGCAUAUACCUGAACAUCCGCUGGCGGACCCAGUCUCGACAGGCAUUGAACAAGGAGACACGGGGGGUCGAGCCCGAAGGAAUCGGUCUGGAUCCACUCUCUGAACUCAGCACACAAGACAAGGAGCUGAGCCAAAGCAAGCCCAUGACAUCGGUGCCAAUGGGUCCAUGUCUGGAGCUGGAGGGCAAAGCUGAAACAAUAGACUUGAUGAAUCCCGGAGACCUGGCACCCAAAGAGAAAGAUGCAGAGAAAAGUAAAGGUGUCGAGUUCUCCCAGAGACUGCCCUCGAUGAUCAAAAGGACGAGGGCCAUUUCACAGACCAGUGCCCAACACUUCAGGCUACUAAGGGACAAGAAGGUGGCCAAAUCUCUAGCCAUCAUUGUUUGCACAUUUGGGGUCUGCUGGGCCCCAUACACCUUGCUGAUGAUCAUUCGGGCUGCCUGCAAUGACAGCUGCAUCUCCAGGUACUGGUACGAGGUGUCCUUCUGGCUGCUUUGGAUCAACUCAGCCAUCAACCCUGUCCUGUACCCGCUGUGCCACUCCAGUUUCAGGAAGGCUUUCAUGAAGCUUCUGUGUCCGAAGAAGUUUAAAAUGAAGGCUAGUUUACGAAGUACAUAACUGCGAAUGGCUUGUCCAAAUUCAUUACACAAUUGUGCCGUAGUUCCUCUUUUGAUCAUAUGGGAUGAAACACAUGACAGCAAAGGACGGAGCCCUUUACGUUUUGCAGGAAGAUGCGACCCAAGCAGCGAAGAGUAUGACAUUAUUUCUGUAUGAAAGGGAAAGAGUAUCUUACACAUUCAGUAUGGAAUGUCAGUUAACCUCUACAGAUACAUCUUUGUUAAUGUUUAGCAGGGCAGAAAAUAUCAUGCCCAUGUUUUUAAUCACGCUCCGAAAUUCAAGAACUAUGGGAUGCAGUAUAGCCUGCAGUUCAGAAGUUGGGACAGAGGACUGAAUUCUACAUUGGGACAUUGAGAAUGCACAAGGAACAAUGUCAUACUUGGAAGGACAGUUCACCAUCAUUGUCUGCACAUGAAUAUUUUACCAUUGGAUAGAGAUAAUGCCAGGGGCCCAGCCUGUACUACUGCUUGUGACAUGGCUGUCAUCUGUGCUUUCAUUUUCAUCUACAUUAUUUUUAGAAAAAAACAACAAUGUGCAAAUUAAUGAUUUCAUCUCCCAGAGUUUCUAUAAAUAAAAGAAAGUAGUGCACAAUUUUGUUUUACUGAACCCUCUCCCACCUCUAUCUCUUUCAAACAAUAAACUUACUGUAUCUUAUUUCGCUGCCAGAGACAGGGAACCAUUUACUGUGUUAAACAUGACAUGAGCAUGUUGAUGCAGUUAUAAAUGGACACAGCUUCGAACUGAUGUAGGCUACGGUGAGCUGUAGCAUUGACAGCUUAUAUUCAGAAUGGAAUAGAUCUGUAUCAUGUUUUCAACCGUACCUCGAAGUACCCAAGAUUGUUAUGAAUUUUGUUUUUCAUAUACAGAACCUGGCUUUAGUUUUCAGCAAUAUAUUAGUUUCCAGCUUAACAUAGUAAUACCUUCAGUGCUGGGCAACAAGACAAUCCAGCAGGAGAGCACACACAAGGUCAGGGGAUGAAUACUAAUCAUGUCCUUGCUAGAGGUCUGAUGGGACAGAUGCUAUUCAACACAAUAGGUGAUAGAGGGUUCAGGCGCACUUUUUCUUUUUUUGCCUCAGCUGUGAAAUUUGUAUUUGUGUACAUGUCUUCCACAGUUGAUUAUCAAAAUGAUUUAUCAGACAUAUACCUGGUAUAUGCUAAGAAUCACCCCAUGCUAAAUGCAGUCUUUAUAGCUAUUACUGAACUUUUAACUCAUUUCAGUAUUGUACAGGUAACGCAAGUAGACUAGAGCUGCCACUCCAGUGUACUUUAACUGCAAUGUAACGAUUUGAUACUGUGACUGCAGUUUGGCAUGGCCUCAGAGCUGCAUUCAAGCUGCAGUUGUGAUCAUGAUGAACUGUAUGCUGGUCUUUCUGCAGUCUGAUGCCAUUCUUUUGUUAUUAAAUUCAAAUUUGAAAAAAAGUGGUCUAUCAUCUAUUUCCACUUUCCAUCUGUUUGUACAAAAUAGUAUCCAUGUUUUAUUUUUAGUGUUAGGGUCAUUUGGAAGUUAUUUAAAAAAAAAAAAAAAAAAAUCAUUUUUGACCAGCAAUAUUGGACCUUUUAGUUCAACUCCUACCUCUGUGACAAUCAUUGGCAAUAUUAAAACCUCUUGCAAGUAUUCUGUUUUGAAGGUCCAAAAAGAUUUCCUAUAUAAUCUGCUUUGGGCUUUGCUAAAAAAAAAAAAAUGUAAUUAGUGUAUUAGAGAGAUGCAUGUGAUACAAAGGCAGCCCUCCUGACCCACCCUUUCAUAAUCAGUGAUUACUGGCAACACAUCUGCAUGAAUGCAUUCGUUUCAGGACUGUGUAUUUAAGAAUGGUCUCCAGGAUUCUAUUAUAAAUGUAUCUCUUUGCAUUUCAACAUCUGCAGUGCAAGCAGUGGGUUAUAACAAUUAGCAAAGCAACAGCGAUUAGAAAAUCAAUUUCUAAGAGACAGAGUAAUUACAAAUGUAAAAAGGGGGUUCAAAGGCAGGUGGCCUGGUUUUGUAGAUUAUUCUUUUCUUUGUGAAAAUUGUUGCUCUGCAUAGCCAUUGUAUAGAUGAAAGUACUUAUUAAUCCUCAUGUUUUUAAAAUGAGUCUUUUUUUUUCUGCCUGGCCACAUCAUGUUUUCCAAUUGAGUGCAUGUCUCUUAUAGUUCCCAACAUCAAAGAGCAGAAUGGGAUAUUUUGAAUAAAAUAACAACUGAGUGGAGAGGCUGCAGACCUGGUUAACAUGUGCAGUGCUGAACUACAGUGCAGGCGAUCAUGCUGUAUUCACAGAGAACGUUUCUGUUAG